AUGGUCUCUGCCAAGUACAUCGCCGCCACUGCCUUUGCCGCCAUGGCUCUGGCUGCUCCUGCCCCUGCUCCUGCCCCUGCUUCUAACGAGCUGGCUGCUCGACAGCUCUGGAACGCCAUUGAGGAUGUUGAUGCAGAUGUUGAGACCGUUCUCUCUCUUGUCGACGGCACUGUCAACACCCUCAUCAAGCCUCCUGGAGACCGGCCUACUGAGAUCUCUGUUCUGACCUCCACCUUUGCCACUCUUAACACUGGAGUCGACAAGCUUCUGGCCGAUCUUGGAAAGAUUCCUCUUGUUGGCUCCGUUGUUAACCUCGUUGCCAAGAUUGCAGCCAACCCCGUCAUCAACGGUCUUCUCCUUGUUGUCGAGAAGCUCGUCACUCUGCUGGUUGGUGGUCUGGUUGACUACCUUGUUGUCCCCCUUGUCCAGUCCAUUGAUGGACUUCUCAAGAAUGUCUCUCUACUUCUGCAGAUGCUUGGAAAGCUCCCCGGUAUUGAGGAUCUCUCCUCUUCUCUGGGUCUCGAGACCGGUUCCCUCAAGAGCCUUCUGUCUGCCCACCCUGUUUCCUCUGCUUAA